CGGUCGCGAGGGGAGGCGGAGGACCAGCCCCCGCCGCGGCGGCUUGUGGACACCGGGGGCCGGAGCGAGGCGGGCAGGCGGGAGCGGCGCGGCUCGGAGAUCGGGGCCAGAGCCAGCGGCGGCUUCGGGAGGCGGUGGGGGCGGGCGCCCGAGCGACCCAAGCAGCCACCCCGCCACCUCCCCCCCUCCCACUGCGGGUCAGCCUCAGGAGCCCUGGCUGCAGCCAGCAGUCAGUGGGCAAUGCCUCGGGAAGUGGAUGGACCCAGCUGGAAGAAGCACGCAGAUGACAUUCGGGACAUUUAUGAAUUCCGGGAUGUCCUGGGCACGGGAGCAUUCUCCGAGGUGAUACUGGCUGAAGAAAAGACCACUCAGAAACUUGUGGCCAUCAAAUGCAUCGCCAAGAAAGCCUUGGAGGGCAAGGAGAGCAGCAUCGAGAAUGAGAUCGCCGUGCUGCACAAGAUCAAGCACCCCAACAUCGUGGCCUUGGACGACAUCUAUGAGUGUGGUGGUCACCUCUACCUCAUCAUGCAACUGGUGUCUGGGGGCGAGCUCUUUGAUCGAAUAGUGGAGAAGGGCUUCUACACAGAACGCGACGCCAGCCGAUUAAUUUGCCAGGUGCUGGACGCUGUCAAGUAUCUCCAUGACAUGGGCAUCGUACACAGAGAUCUCAAGCCAGAGAACCUGCUUUACUACAGCCUGGAGGAGGAUUCCAAGAUCAUGAUCUCCGACUUUGGGCUAUCCAAGAUGGAAGGCUCAGGCAGCGUGCUCUCCACAGCUUGCGGCACUCCGGGAUACGUAGCCCCUGAAGUCUUGGCGCAGAAACCUUAUAGCAAGGCUGUGGAUUGUUGGUCUAUUGGCGUAAUUGCCUAUAUCCUACUCUGUGGUUACCCUCCUUUCUAUGAUGAGAACGACGCUAAACUCUUUGAGCAGAUCCUGAAGGCCGAGUACGAGUUUGAUUCUCCGUACUGGGACGACAUCUCGGACUCGGCCAAGGACUUCAUCCGGCAUUUGAUGGAGAAAGAUCCUGAGAAGAGGUUCACCUGUGAGCAGGCCCUGCAGCACCCAUGGAUCGCAGGGGACACUGCUCUGGACAAAAACAUCCACCAGUCUGUCAGUGAGCAGAUCAAGAAGAACUUUGCCAAGAGCAAGUGGAAGCAAGCCUUCAAUGCCACAGCAGUGGUGCGGCACAUGCGGAGGCUUCAGCUGGGCACCAGCCAGGACGGCCCCGGCCAAACCAGCCACGGGGAGCUGCUGGCACCCGAGACAGGCGGGGGUCCCCACGUUGGCUGCUGCAGGGACUGCUGUGCAGAGUCUUCCCCGGAACUGGCGGCCACUCGCCCACCCCAGCUCUAGAGCAGCCUUUGACACAGUUGCUGGGGGGUUGGGAAUUUGGAGAAGGGAGGGCUCCAUCCUCAGGGGAAGAGUGGUGGUGGGUUAGUUCCUGGGGAAGGGGCUAGAGUGGAACCUGCCAAAGAGAAGCCAUUAUGCUCCAGAGGAUGCUGCAGGGCAGAAGGGGUUAGAGCUGCCAAUUGUUUGGGAAGGGGUAAAAUGCCCUCUGCUCUUCCCCUCUCUUCCCAUCCGGUCCCAUCCCGUCCCAGGAAAGUCUCCUCUUCUUCUUCUCCCUUCCCAGGGCUCUUCCCUGAGCCCACUUCAGCCCAGGCUUCUCUUGAAAGGAAGGACUGGCCUCUUCUGUUCCCUCUGGUCUGUUUUGGAACCUUCUCCUGAGCCUCUUUCUAGCAUCUCGCUCUGAUCACCCUGGCCUCUGGCAAGGGCAGGGAGCUGAUUGGGGAAGUUGUGGAAGGAGUCAGGGCCCUGAGAAGAGACGUGUGGGGUGACUUCUCCUCUCUCAGUGCUCCCCAUCACACCCCACGUUCUGGUCAAGAGAUCCACUCGUUUUCCAAGCAAAUAUUUCUAUUUUAUUGUUCAUUCUUUUAUUAAAGGGA